AAAAAAAAAAGAAGAAAGAAAAAAAUUCGACGGAAAAAAAGGUUUUAUUGAACGAUACAGUUGUUAGCGUACUUGUGCAUUUAUUUCGACAGAGUCGUCUUUCGCUGUGUACGUUUCUCGCGUUGUAAGAUUGGCUCGGCUUGUACGUCGCUCGCGACAUUUAAUUUUCCUACAGUUCCUAUGUACAGUUCGCCUCGAAGCAUUUUAGGGACCGCAACUUAAAUUCAAUGAAGCUUUUUCAAUAAUCAUCAUCGUUUGUUCGAGCAUCGUUUAUAGUCGUUCACCGCUUUUCUUCUUUCCACGCGAUGAUGUCGUAUGUAUGGCUCCAGUGUAAAGACAAUCAGACGUUUUGCACGACAUACGACCGUAAAGUAGAAAGUGACGCCCUUCGACAGACACUUGGCCAACAACUUGUUGACAAGAUCAUCAUUUGCAGGAAUACGAUUUAUUUCUUAUUAUUUAGAUUUGUCUAAAUCGUUUGUUUAAAUGACUAUUCACAGCUUGAGUUAACAUACGUUGUUGCAGUCAUCCGUUCAAUACCAAAGAUUAAAAGUUACGUUCCACGUGUCAAAGGGCCAAGAUGUACGUUAUCGUAAUUACUUAAACGUUGUCUCAUAACUUGUACAUUUCCUAAUACACAGUAACGUUACAAUAAAUUCUUUAUUCCAUGCAUACGUUUUAUCUGUCAUUAACGACGGACCAACGAAGAGGUAGGUGAUUAUAAUAUAAUCUCAUAGUGCGUUGAUUCAAUUUUCUUCAUCUUUGAUAGUCAAAGAUUGAAUUGACAGUAACAAAAAUUCGAUACAUCGUUAUUUUUUGAAGGAUUUCGAGGGUGCGAGGCAACAUACUAUAAUGAAUGGCGCGAGUAAAAUUCAAAUCUGAAUUUUCAAUGAAUCGAUUAAAAGUAAAAGAUUAUAUCUACAAAGUAUAAAGAAGAGAAAGAAAACAAAAAAGAAAGACGUAAAUAUCAAGAAGUUAAUCGAAGUUGUGCCGAGUGGGAGGCAUGUUCCCCUCGUGUCAUUUCCCUCCAAUAGGAUUCGUUUGACCAGACCGUAGUCUACGAAGAAAAAAUUUUGCCAAUACAUUUGCCAUUGUAAACAUCAUUGUGUCGAGAAAAUUCAAACAUAUCAUUUUCUUUGUUGCUCGUUCAUGCGAAACAUUUAUCAAAUGAACCAAGAUUGACGUCCUAUUAAGAGAAAUUAGGCUCUCCUAUACUCAAUAUGUGACAAUGAAGCAUUUGAUUUUACGCGAUCGUUUUACAAGUUAUACGAGUGUUGAAUUACCCGUUUAUUGAUCGCUGUCAGUGACAAUAAUGUAAAGGGAGUUGUGAGUAUUACGUUGCCAAAUGUUGCUGAGCCAUUCCAAACAUUAUGCAUCUAUCUACAUUAGAGUAUGCUAUUGUUUGUCAAAGAGCCGAUAACCUAACAGUCACAUAUAUCGAAUAUUAGAAGAAAUUUCGCUAAAUAAUUUGUACAUGAAAUUAUAAGAACUUUUAAUGUUUGGUAGUUUAUCUAGAGUUUCACUAUGUUGCAAAACAAAAUGCACACUUAUACCGCGUAAUGUUGUAAUGAAAAUUUUAUGGAAUUGUUACACUGCGAAAGAGAUUGAUCGUGCUUUACUUGCAGAGAUUGCAAUUUUUAUAUUUUUAUAUGGUGAAAAUGGACCAUGCUUCGUUACCGAAAUUUAAUUGCAAUCCAAUGAACACGUCGAAAACGUGUCCAUCCGAUUUCACUACUCUGACUGAUGUGUUACAAUCGGAUCCAGUGAGAAGGUUGUUCAAUCAACCAAAUAUUAUUAUUAAAAGGGUACCCAUAAAAGUAAAUCCAACAUCUGCCUCCAAUAAGAAAGUGCACGAUACAGAUUCAAGUAUAAAUAGAGCGAAACAAUCAGAGUUAUCAGUAAUACCUUUACAGAAAAAUCAAGAAAAAAAUAUAGAUGAUGAAAAUUUGUUACCCUCGAAAAAACAAGGUAAAUCAGAAAUUACAUUAGUUCCUGUUAAAAGAGAAAAAAAAUCUUGUGGUCAUUAUGAACCUUGUGAGAAUAUUAUAUGUGAUGUGAUAGUACAACAAUAUGUAGAUCGUGAUGGAUCAUCGCCAAUGUUAGCCUUCAAUAUAGAAGAUAGUGAAAUAAACGCACCAGUUUCAAAGCAUUGUAAAAAUAAAAUGUGUGAUGCAUUAAGCAUUGAUCAUGAUCGUUGUCGCAGAGCUAUAAUAAUACUGAAUAAAUGUAAUCAAUCAUCAGCUUGCGAUAUUUGUGGUGUUACAUUGAAGACCCAAAGAUCUCGUAUACAUCACAGGAAUUGUACAAGGAGAAAUAUAUAUAGGCAUAAUGAAACAAGUAGUGCUCAAAUAUUAAAAGAAAGAAUGAGAGAACGAGAAAUUCAAAUAAUUGAAGCUUCAAAAAUAAAAAAAAACGAUUAUACAGACCCUAUUAUGGGCUACAAUCUUGCAAUGGAAACUCUAAAGAAUAACAAAGAGUUAGUCAUUACUCCAAAAUCAGUCUCCUUACAACAACUGCAACAGCGGCGACGGCAACUAUUUCCAUCAGCAUCACUAACAACAACAACAACAACAACAACAACAACAAUUACAAUUACUAAAAAUUCUACAUCUACAACAGAAUCUACUUCGCAAAUUAGUAAUGUAAAUAAUGUUUUUGGAGAACUUUUAUCUACCAAUAUACCAAUUGUAAUACCACAACAAAGUAUAGUUAUUGGCAAAGCACAGUGUUCUAAUGAAAAUGGUAUAUCUACUCCCAUUCAGUUAGCUUUGUCAGAAGCUUUAACUAAAUCACUUAUAACAACAACCACUACAGAUUCUUUAUCUCAGAAUCGUCUUCUUACGUUUACAACACAAACUAAUACACAUCCAAUAAAUGACUUACUCUUGUCACAGUCGCAAAUUGUGACAACACCCAUUCAACCUAAACCAUUUUUUACACCUAUUCGCGUUGUACCUAUAACUAAUUUGAUAACACAACCAUCCUUAUUACACCAAACACAGGGUAUACCAAAGUUUUGUAUUAUGGCAGACAAUAGAGCACUACCAUUAACUGUAACAAAUCCACAGUCUGUUCAAUAUUCAGCACCUGUGCCAAAGGUUGAAUCUGCAACUGAUUCGAAAACAACAUUACAAAAAAAGAAAAAGAAAUCGAAAAUGGUAAAAAAGAAAUGGAGACAUAAGAAUAAAGAUUUCAAAUGUGACUACUGUCUUAAAAGCUUCAGCACUGAUUGGUAUUUCAAAGUGCACGUUGCUAAGCAUAUUAAUAAAAAACAAUUUACCUGCAAGAUGUGCAAACAGUCAUUUAGUAAUAGAUGUGAUAUGAAAAAACAUAUGUCGAAUCAUCAUAAAAGUGAAGAUAGUGUUCCUAGUACAUGUAACCGACAAACUUCUGCAUAUUCACAAACAAAAGUUAUCAACCUUGACUUACAACAAGAAGUAAGAAAAGAAGAUAAAACAAAUGGAUAUGUUAAUAUGCCCAAUCAAGAUAUUGUCAAAAAUAUCAAAGCAGAACUGUGUCACGAAGUAUAAAUUAGUUCAGAUUAGUAAUUGUUAUUGGAAUUGAAAGAGAUAAAAAGUUAAGUCUAAAUUGAAAAUACAUUUUUUACAAAUCUUGAAUAAGUUAAUUUAUGUAAAUAUGUGUAAAUUGUGCUUAUACUAUAGCUAAAUACUAUAGCUAAUCAAAUGUUAAGUUUUUAGUUAAAAAAUUUUAUGUUAAAUUAUACAAACGCAUGUAUUCCUUUUUUAAUAUUUCAUUAUGUGAUUGUUUAUUUUAAUUUUAAAAUAAUCAUUCAGUAUAUCUCAAGUCGUGCAGCAAAAGACGAAAGGAAAUAAUAUUUCUUGAUAUAUAUUUAUUUUAGUUAUGAAAAAUAUAAAGCA